AUGGGCUCCAGCCAGAGCAGCGACAAACUCCACUGCAACCGCUACCUGAACGGACAGGGUCCUCCAUCACUGGUACAACAAGCUAAUGAGGAGGUGAAUGGGAUUCACAAAGUCCAGACUAGCUGCCAGCCAAAGGGCCAGAUGACCUGGGUGAUCCUCCACAGAGACCUGCCAGGGUUCCCUGAUGACAACACCCUGCAGAUGAACUACAUAUUCCCGGAUGGAGUUCAGACAGAGAAACACCCUCACCCUGGCCAGCCUUAUGCAGGGCUGCGGCUCUGUGCUUACCUGCCAGACAGCCGCGAGGGCAGGAAGGUUCUCAAGCUGCUGGACAAGGCCUUCAACAUGCAGCUCCUGUUCACUGUUGUCUCCAAUAAAGAUGGAGAGGACACGAUCGCUGCAGCUUCCAUCCCACUAAAAACACAAGCAGAAAGACGGGGCGCAGAUGACGGCUACCCUGAUCCUGAAUACCUGAAGAAUGUGAGAAAGCUACUGAGGGAUAAAGGCAUUGAAUAAAACACAACACACACUGCUGGAUGACAGACGCAGAUCAAAGUGCAGUUUAUGAAUG